AUGGAGACGCCCCAGUCCAUCCGCGAGAAGGACGGCACCGUGACCGAUACCGAUUUUCCAACAACCACUAUGUCUUGGUCACAGAGGGCGAGGCUCCGAUUUACAGCUGAUAUCGACACGCGCUGGGCAGACACCAUUCUGGUGGGAUGUUUUUUCGUCUCGGGCAUAGUGGACAGCGUCGUGUUCAGCACGUAUAACUGCUUCGUCAGUAUGCAGACAGGCAAUACCAUCUUCGCCGGUCUUGGAGUCAGCGAUCUCCCUGCCGACAUCCCACGAUAUACCUGGGUCAAAUCGCUGGUCGCCAUCUUGGCUUUCUGCCUCGGCGCAUUCUUCUUUGCGCGAUAUCAUCGCUACCUGGGUGCCUUGAAACGAUGGGUCUUGAUAACGUCAUUCCUCAUCCAGACCCUCUUCAUGGUCGUCACCUGCAUCUUGAUUACUACGGGCGUGACACCGCGGACGAAACCCAAUACUUCCGACCAUGGGCGUGGGAGAUACGAUUGGAUCGAGCUGUGUCCUAUCGCGCUGUUGGCCUUCCAAAGCGCCGGCCAAAUCGUUGCCAGUCGCGUCUUGAAAUACAACUCCAUGCCGACGGUGGUGUUGACCAGUUUAUACUGCGACCUGAUGAGCGAUCCUCAUCUGCUUACUGCCGGCUUGUUCGAGGAUCCAGACCGAAAUAGACGCGCCGUGAGUGCAGUUGCGCUCUUUGUUGGUGCGACUAUCGGUGGCGCCCUGGUCAAGUCGGAUGUCGGCUACGAAGGAGCUUUGUGGAUAGCGACAGGCGUCAAGGGACUGAUGGUGUUGGCAUGGCUGUUAUGGAAGCAAAAGAAACCGCAGUCAAAGUGA